UUGCUAUCACUCUUUUCUUUGCUCACACUCAUUAGUCUGUCGAUUCGAUAACCAGCUGUUUUGCAAAAACAAAGUUGUAACAUUUUGUUUUUAUGUGUUAGCAAUCGUCUGCCGCAAUUCUUGUCGAUUGGUAACGAUAAUUUUUAACGAUUUCAUUGAAAGCAAGUAAAUGUAUGUACGUAUAUUCGUGUUGUAGGGCAAUCGGGGAAAUAAAAAAGAAAGUAAUAAUUUCUGUCAACUCGGAACAUAUUGUGUGUAUUAUCUAAUAGACUCUGUUUAUUAUACAUUUAGCAUCGUGGUAAAAAUAAUAAGCGAAUACGAGGAUCGAGAAGUCAGUGUUGUACUGUUGAACAUAACGUAACCAAUAAAGCAUAAUGUCCUGUCAGAUUAAGAGAGUAGCGAGCAUACCAGACCUGGAUAAUGUAAAGAAACUGCUCUAUGGCGAUAUUAUUAGCAAAUUGGAGAAUGUACCGAGCGAUGAAUUGCCUCUUCAGGACUGUGUUAUAUCGCUAUCGUCGGUCGGAGAUGUACUCGCGAUGGCUUGUAACACAAGGAUGAUUAUAUUUGUUUCGAGAUGGGAUUCGCAAGAAAUAGACGAAGUGAAAAAUAAGUUUCACGUAACGUGGCAUGGAGAAGUGACGAGGGAAGCAAACGAAUGGGUAACAUCGGUGAUUUGCUUACCUCUGAUAUCCCUGGGGAAGGCCGCCGGUCCAGAUUGGACCUGUAUAGCUGUUGGAUAUAAUACUGGAUUUGUUAGAUUCUAUACGGAAACCGGCGCGUUGCUGUUGGAAGAGGAAAUCCAUAACGAAUCGGUCUUGGGAAUUAAGUGUCAGUCGUUUUGCUUACCCAAACACGCUGGGGAUGCUGGUUCUAAUGAAGAAAUUUAUAUUUUAUACAACAGUGGUGUUUGUAUAUUACAAGGAUUUCCGUUAUUCUCAACUUUACGUGCCUGUAGAAAUCAUUUGGCUAGAGUUCAGGCAAAUUGCAACGAUGUGCCACCGGUUACAAAUUUGUCGUAUAAAAAAUGGACCUUUAAAAAUCAAGAUAUUACAAACGAUUUAGAAGUGAUUGGUACAACGUCGAUAAAUAGCUUCGAUCAUUUGAUGACAGCUUCGAUAUGCGGCGGAUAUACCGCGACGUACAGAUCCAGUGCGCCGCAACACAAUUUAGUCCUCGCGACGGGAAAACGACCGUUCGUAGGAUUCCAUUAUGCAUUGGAAGGUGGUAACGCGCCGGUUCUGUCGGACGUUGCCAUCGCCAUGGCGAGCAAACUGGCCAACGCUAUUGGUACUGCCGUGCCAUGGUUUCGGUCAAGUUCCAAGAGUACAACGUCCGAAGCGUCCAAGAGUAUCAGCCACGAAUCCGUCGAGACAAUGACAUGUCGAUUUGGUUUAAGUGACAUUAUGAGAGAAGGUGAUUGCAUCGUUUGUAGCCCGAACAAGAUGUUUUCGGUAAUAUCGGACGCUAUGGGCAGAGUGAUUCUCGUAAAUAAUAAAAGAGGUAUAGCUGUAAGGAUGUGGAAGGGAUAUCGCGACGCUCAGUGCGGUUGGAUCCAAGUUGCCGAGGAGAGAGAUCGUGGAAUACGUAAGAAUGUUGAUAAAUCUGGACGUAAAACUGUCUUGCGCACCGCUCUGUUUUUGGUUAUUUACGCGCCAAAGAAAGGUGUAAUAGAUAUUUGGAGUAUACAGCAAGGUCCGAAAAUCACUACGUUCACCGCUAGCAAAAAUGGGCGAUUACUGUACAUUAAUUAUGGUUUCCUGGGCGCGAACGACAGUGCCACUUUGUCGAAGAACAAAGCGCAAUAUUCCUGCGUAUUUAUCGAUCCACUCGGAGGCUUGAAAGAGAUUUAUGUUCCAUUUCAUUUUGCGCUUAACAGCAAAAACGGUAAACGGGCACGCGACAUACAUCUGCUUAGAAAACUGAGAACGUUUCUGAGGGAAGAGGACUUUAACGAGGCGAAAUUAGUUUCCGAAGUUGCUAAUACCUGUCUGGGUUUGGAAACGAAUCAAGUUCGAAUACAGACGCUAGAGGUUUUAAUCAACAGCAAGCAUAUUUUACCAGACGCUCUGCUCGCUGCGACCGAUUGUUUUGUAGCGAAACGAGGUAAUGUACACGUUCUACAAAAUUUUACGACUGUUUUGUCACCUGUUUUCUAUCAUGCAGAAGAAGAAGAAGAAGAAGAAGAAAUAGAAUUGGAUCCCACCGCCAAGAUGCUUUGUCAGUUGACAGUGCAGUUGCGACGAAUAAUAACUUUUUAUAAAUAUGUCAAGUCUCAACUUGAUGUCGCACUCGAGCGCGAUAUUACAACGGUUGAUGACGUAACGAGUGCUAAAAGUUUAUCCUUGACAUUAUUUACUUCGGAACGAGAAGUAAACCGUGUUACCAAAUUGGCCAAGAUGUUGAACAACCUUCACAGAGGUGGUGAGGUUUCGGCAGAGACUAAAGUCAAAUUUAAGGAUGAAAAUACGUUCUUUGACUUUUUGUCGUGCUUCGAAUUGGGGACGUCGAGAUUGAUUGGACUACGAAAAGAUGUAAAAGAGGAAAAUCUUGACGAGAUUUCACGAUUGAUAUAUCAAGGACGGAUACAUUCCGACGAUACGAUAGAGAAAUGGCAGCAAGCGGCUAAAGACAGUAAUAUUGAACCGUUUAUUUUCAUGCGAUUGGCAUUAACAUACUGGACGCGCAAGCAAGUUGCAUUUUCGGUAAUUGAAUUGAAACGCUUUACGCAGCUGCUGCGUGUCAUCUGUUUGUUAACUGAUGUGGAAGAGAUAUGCGUUGAAUAUAACGAGGUUUCUUUAUGGUGGAGAAACGUACGCGCUAUUCUCACAGAAUCUACGAGACCUUUCAGCGCGUUCACCGCCGCGUUGGCGUGCAGGGCGACCGCUAUGACCUUAGAGAGGUACAAGGAGAGAUUGCAAAGUCAGAAAUCUGCAAAAUUGGGGAAUAGUGAGGAGGGUGUAACUAAAACAGACGUAUUGGAGAAUAAUAAACCGAACGAUGUCACACCGGACGACGAAACGUACAGUUCGAUUAGCGAGUGGGAAAAUGUCAGCAAUGAUACCUGUCAAUUCGCAUUGUUGAUCGGGAAUCUUGAGGAUAUCGCUAUCUUGAGUGCUGUUGUUAGUCGGCGAGUUGUACCAGAUGAGACGACACAAUUUUUUGCUCUGCCAUUUGCGCGAAGCGACACUUGUUUGGCAUCGAUUCUCUCUAGAGGAAGAGGUUCGGUGUCUGAAUUGGUCGCAAAGUGGCUCGGCACAACGGGUAUCGAUCCAGGGCAGUUAAUCGACACGAGCGACGUAGAAUUCGAUCAGUUGCAAUUAUCGGUGGAUUCUGUACAAUUGACCGCUGACGAUACGCUGAGUGAAGCGACUCCUGUCCAAGUACCUCGACACGAGCGAACGAAGCUUCUUUCUUUAUCGGUAGAAAUCGGAAACGAAGCGAAAGUUGAUACAACUGCGGAAGCGCGCAUAAUAGACGAUAUGACCCUGCUCAAACGCCACUUCCCAUAUAGUUUAACGAGCAGCGUUCUACUGGCCAAUUUAUGCUGGGAAUUUGCCAUGUCGUGGGAUAAAGAUGUCACCCAACUGGAUUCGCUCGCAGCUGCCUUGGCCGUUUUACGGCAAAUACCCAUGAAACAUACGAGACACGGCGUAUGCUGUCUAUUAUGGACGCUUCAUAUAAAGAAAAGAAUGGAAGCGGCUGCAAAGCUGAUGAACAAACUCGGAAAGUUACCAAAGGAGAGAUUAUGUAUGCAAGACAUUGGUUUAUCCGACAUUCAAGUAACAACGUUUUUACAGCACUGCGUCACUUUCUUGGAUAUAUUUGUCGACGCCGAGAUACAGGAACGAGGAGAUAGCGCGGUGAUAAAAUCGGAGGAAUUGUGGGACGGUUACCUCGGUGGACCACAACCGUUUGCCGCACUAGCUAUCUCCCAAACUCCAGCUUGGUACGAUUUGAUUUUGUUACACGUACAAGUGGCUAAUGUACUGUACAUGAUGGCAUGUCUGAAUUUGAAAAUGUUGAAACCAUUAAAUAACUUGUUCGAAUCCGUGGUGCAGCCCUAUCUAUUUCAAGACAUAACGGACAGAGCGAUGCUCACGUGGUAUCGGGACGACAAGAGGGAUAAUAUACGUACAGAAUUUUUGUGUAGAAUAAUUACGGCAUCAAUGGAAUUUAUUCAUCGAGAAACCACUGACGGCGUGACGGUUAGUUCGACACAGGCUAUCUCGUGGAUGAGCAAAUGUCAAACGUUAGCGUCCAUCUGGAAGAUUAAUAAUGACGAAUUGAGAAUACACCAAGCCUGUCAGCUGUACAUAAACGGUUUUGAUCGUUUGGCAGAAGAGGUAACUAUAGCGGUAACCGAUAUCGAACGCUUGGCUGCAAACUUAUUACCUAUAGCUGGAAGAAGAAUGAUGGCAUACCUCUCGAAAACACCGAAUCUUCUGGAAGAGAUGUCACGAAUGAGUCCAGCGCUUACAAGAUACUUGGAAAGUCUGAACGUGCCUGAGAUAGUCUGUACAAAUUGUUCGAACGCCGACACUGUGGAAUUGAUUCGACGAGUAUCUGUACACUUACCUAAGAUUCACUGUGAUUACCAUAUCAUGUUGUUAAUGCUAGACGCAACAUUUAUUUACGAUGAUAACAAUCAGCCAUAGAUUGUAUAAACCAUGUCCUGUGAUAUUAUGGAAAGAGCUGGGGAUUUCGUUGUAUUAAUAUACAAUUGUUUUCUAUCGAUAUAAAGACCGUAAUAAUGCCAAGAUAAGUUAGUGGUGAUUAAGCUGCAAAAUCGCAAAAAGAAAUAACCAAAUUGUUACGUGUUGUAUUAUUACGGACAAUUUAAUUGAGCACAAUUACGAUUACAGUGUACUUGUAUGUAUGUAAUAUCUGUAUCUUACAUUGGCAUACUAUUAUAUCACAGGACAUUAAUUAGCCUCGUUCGAAAGUAUGUGCACAUAAUUAUAAUUUAUCUUUACGUCCUUACGUUUUUACACAUGAAAGAGAAUCUAUAAACAUUCCACAUUGUAAUCGCGAAUAUAACAUUUCUGCCUUAUGAGAGUAU